UGGCUGAUACUGCUUCUUCUUAUCUUGGUUAUAUUCCUGGUCACAAGGUGGAAAUUGUAUUUGAAGAGAAAUAGAAGAAUACUAAACAUCGCUGCCAAGCUACCAGUGCCAAUUCCUAGGAAUUCUAUUUUGGGAAAUUGGUACAACCCAAAGUCAAGACUACUUUUGAGAUAUACUGUUGAAGAUUUUACAGAUGUUAUUAGAACAGGAAUGAAAGCAGCUGCUGCACAUACAUACUCUCUAUUCUGCAUGUGGGCGGGACCUAUACCAGAAAUAUGUGUUCAAAAACCACAAGACGUCCAAGUUUUGCUGACCAGUUCUAAGGCACUAGAGAAGGGACCAGAGUAUACAUUUGCCCAAUUUGUUUUUCGUGAUGGGCUCAUAACAGCUCCAGGUGCUAAGUGGAAGAUAAGCAGACGCAAUAUGAACCCUAUAUUCCAUCGCCAAAACCUCAAUUACCUAACAAGAGUGUUUAAUCGCUCCAGUCAACAGCUGGUGGAGGAUUUAGCUAGUCAUGAUGAUGGGAAGGUGUUUGAUGUGUUUGACUCGUUGUUGAAGGCAUCGGUCACCUCCGUUUGUAGUAUUUUAUUUGGUCUCGAUAUACAAAGUAAGAUGAGAAACGAAGAUUUUGAUCUUGGAGCUUCUAUAACAUUGAGGAUUGCUCACUUGAUAAUUAAGAGAGCAGCUAGCCCGUGGCUGUGGCUAGAUUGCUUUUUCAACUACUUCUACAAAAGUGAGUUGGAAGAAUUGGACAAGAUGUGGAGUCGGUUUACAAGUCAACUGAUGAAAAUGAUUUCAGAAAACGGAGAGCUUAUGACGGUACCAGAAGCAUACAGCAACAUCAUGAAAGAGCACAACACAUUCUCUGAGGAAGACUUGCAUGCUGAAAUGAAGACAGUGCUGAUAGCUGGAAGUGACACAACAGCCAUUGGUGUCAGUUCAUGUCUACUGCUGCUAGGAACCCAUCCUGAAAUCCAGGAAAAACUCUACAAUGAAAUUUCGAGUGUAAUAGGCUCAGAAGAUCAAGAAGUGACACCUGAAGAUCUUAACUCUCUACCGUAUUUCGAUCAAGUUCUGAAAGAAAGCUUACGAUUAUCACCUGUAGUCCUUUGUUUUAAAAGGACAUUGAGUGAUGAUUUAAAAUUAAGUGAAUAUACAGUGCCCAAGGGUGCCAGUUUGGUAACCAGUGUUAUAGGACUUCAUUUUGACCCUGAGGUUUACCCAGAUCCUUAUGAGUUCAAACCAGAACGGUUCACUCCAGAAAACUCUGCAAAAAGACAUCCAUAUUCAUUCCUACCAUUCAGUGGUGGUCCACGAAACUGUAUUGGCAAGCAGUAUGCCAUGACCUCUAUGAAAAUCAUGUUGGCAUAUAUACUGAGAAGAUACAAGAUUCACGCCACUGAUAACAUUCUAAAUCUAAGAUAUGUUUUUGUAAUAUCACUCUUAUCCAUUGAUGGCUACAAAAUAAGUUUGCAGAGAAGAAAUAAAUGAAAACAUAACUUUAAAACUACUUUAGUCGACGCUUUUAAUUAAAUUAAAAUAAAAUUUUUCAA